UCAAAGGAGCGCCAGAUAAGGGCCACGUAACGUAAGUGGACAAAUACCCCUGGCGCACGUUAGCGAGGAUGAGGGGAUGAACUAAAACGGAGAAACUGAUGUGAUGAGGGGGGCGGACAUAACAAAGACAACGCUUAAGUUAAACCAACCUCAUACCCAUAAUAUUAUUUACAAUUACAACGCUAUUCCAUUUCCUUAAUUAUUUUCUCCAUCUCCAUUUUCUUCCCAAAUCAAUUUCUCUUCUUUCUCUACACUCUCCUUCCAUGGAGUCUGCUGCUGUUCUCCGAUCCUUCAAUUGUUCAGUGGGCAUUAAUUCACAUACAAGGUCUUUCAUUGAGAAGCCUGGUAUGCUUUCGGCGUAUAAUGGCAGCCAAUUGACCCCAAAUAGAUCUUGCAUCCAUAAUUUGACUAUUGGUGGGAAGUUAAUGUACUCUUCUAAAAAGCACAAGGGAAUGCUAGUAUCAUGUGUAAAGACAUCAGAUGCUAAGGAUACAGCUAAGUCCAAUGAUUGCAUUCCACAAGGUUCAUUGGAGAAAUCCCACCGAAGUCCAACUUUUCCUAAUGGAUUUGAGGCGUUGAUGCUAGAGGUCUGUGAUGAGACAGAGAUUGCUGAGCUGAAACUAAAGGUUGGAGACUUUGAGAUGCAUUUGAAGCGAAACAUUGGAGUCACCAAAGCUCCAUUGUCCAACAUCUCGCCAACAUCAGCACCUCCUAUUCCAACUAAACCAAUGGUUGAAUCUGAACCUGCUGCACCACCACCAUCACCACCCAAAACCGCUCCUAAAAGUACCAGUCCAUUUGCAAAUGUCUCUUUGGUGAAAUCACCGAAAUUAGCAGCCUUGGAGGCCUCUGGAUCUAAUGCAUAUGUUCUUGUGUCUUCUCCCACGGUUGGUUCAUUCCGAAAGGGAAGAACAGUUAAAGGAAAGAAGCAACCACCCAUCUGUAAAGAGGGUGAGCUAAUUAAAGAGGGACAAGUAAUUGGAUAUGUGGAUCAGUUUGGCACAGAGCUUCCAGUGAAGACAGACGUUGGUGGAGAAGUUUUGAAGGUCCUCUUCAAUGAAGGAGAAGCAGUUGGUUACGGAGACCCACUUAUUGCUGUCUUACCAUCAUUUCAUGGUAUCAGGUGAAGAGCCUCGCCUCUUUGCAAAGCAAAUUCGGGUAAUUGCUUAUAGUUGGGGAUCUUUGAGGCUCUUGCAAAACUUGAGUUUUUUUUUAUUCUUGUUUUUUUAGCUAUGGCGUUACUAGAUUCAAUAUCAAGUUGGUGACUUUUGUAAUUGUAGUCGGUUAAAAAUUUAAAUGACUGAAUAAUGUCAAGGAAUAAUUAAUCAAGUCGUGUACUGUUGAAAAUAGAUUUGAGUUAGAUAUAACCAUUUUCGUUGUUGCUUAA